AUGGGUGAAGAAGUUGGUGAAAACAGCAAAAUGGCGGGUAUAGUUCAAGUUGAGUUUCAGAACACUAAGAUUAGUGUGGAAGUCCGCAGUCAGAACUUGUAUUAUCUGAAGGGGAGAACCGUGAUUGUCCAGGUUGCUUCAGCUAUUUCUGAGGCGGACAAUAGUAGACUUUGGCAUUAUAGACUGGGGCACAUAGGAAAGAAGUCACUACAGACACUGUGCAAGCAUGGGCUAUUGAAGGAAGCAAAGAGUGGAAAAGUUGAGUUCUAUAAGCACUGUGUUCUUGGCAAGAAGACAAAGGUGAAGUUUGGGACAACCAUUCAUAGGACGAGGGACAUCCUGGAUUAUGUGCACACAAAUAUUUGGGGUCCUACCAAUACUGCAUCACUUGGUGGUCGACAUUGA